AUGGAGUUACUCAUCAUCUCCUCACGCAGCCCAGUCCUCCAGUAUUUCAGACCCUUGGUUCCAGAAGUUCUCCAUAAACCUUUAUACCUUGCUCUACACAACGUCUCCCAUCCUGGCAUCAGAAGUUCACUGAGGUUGGUCUCCACUCGUUUUGUUUGGCCUGGAUUGUCUCGGGAUGUUGGAUUGUGGGCCAGAUCCUGUCUCCAGUGUCAAUGGAGCAAGAUACAGAUUUACGUAAAAACUUCUGUUCCUGCCAUUCUUGUUCCUUCCAGGCGGUUUUCUCACAUGCAUAUCGACAUUGUUGGACCUCUACUGUCUAGUCAAGGCUGCUCUUAUAUCUUAACGAUGAUUGACAGAACCACUCACUGGCCAGAAGCAGUUUCUUUGUCCAUCUCUACUGAGGCCUGCUCUUCUCUUCAAGCCAGAGCUACUGACUCCAACUGGGUCUCACACCUGCCUCUGGUUUUCCUGGGACUCUGUUCUGUUCCCAAGGAAGACACAGGUUUCUCCGUCUCAGAGGUGGUGUACGGUUCUGCUCUGACAAUUCCUGGUGAGUUCCUGGACGCCCCUGAACUUCCAGGUUCUCAAUUCAUCAGCAAGAUAGAGAUGGUAAUAGAUGGCUUUUCCACUCCUCCACAUCAUCAUGUCCAACAUCUGCCUCCAGCCAAAAUUCCUGCUGCUCUCAAGAUUGCAAAGUUUGUGUUUGUACAGGAAUAUGCCAGCAAACCUGCACUCGCCCCUCUGUAUCGUGGCCCUUAUCUGUUUGUGGAGCGGGGCGCCUCCAGAUUGGAAAUAAAGUAG